UCCUCUCCAUUUAUACUUCUAUUCCCCAUUUCUCAUCCCUUCUCAUCAACAUAACUCCACAUUCCCUUCAUUCCUUUCCAAUCCAUAAUACCAUCACACCAUUUCGUUUACAACUAGGAGUAACCUUCUUCCAUGGCUUCUCCUUCCCCUCUCUCUUUCUUCUACCUCCUCCUCUUCUCCUCUCUUUCCGCCAUUGCCCACUCCAAUCCCAUCACUCUCCCUCUCAACUCUUUUCCCCACCUUUCUUCUCCAGAUCCACUCCAGGCUCUCACUUUCCUCGCCUCUUCUUCCCAGACCAGAGCCCAUCAAAUCAAAACCCCCAAAUCCAACUCUGUUUUCAAGUCCCCUCUCUCCCCCCAUAGCUAUGGAGCUUACUCCACUCCACUCAGCUUUGGUACUCCACAACAGACUCUGCAUUUGAUCUUCGAUACAGGUAGUAGCCUCGUUUGGUUCCCUUGCACUUCCCGAUAUCUCUGUUCUGAAUGUUCCUUCCCCAAAAUAGAUCCAACUGGAAUCCCCAGAUUUGUCCCCAAAUUGUCCUCCUCUUCUAAGCUUGUCGGUUGCCAGAAUCCCAAAUGUUCCUGGAUUUUUGGUCCCGAUGUCAAAUCUCAGUGCCGGAGUUGUAACCCCAAAACAGAGAACUGUACCCAAACUUGCCCUGCUUACGUUGUUCAAUAUGGUUCCGGUUCCACGGCUGGGCUUUUGCUAUCAGAAACCCUUGAUUUUCCUGAUAAAAAAAUCCCUAAUUUUGUUGUUGGGUGUUCGUUUUUGUCGAUCCAUCAGCCCUCUGGAAUCGCCGGAUUUGGCCGAGGAUCUGAAUCGCUCCCCUCGCAAAUGGGUCUCAAGAAAUUCGCUUACUGCCUAGCGUCUCGGAAAUUCGACGACUCGCCGCAUUCCGGCCAGCUGAUUUUAGAUUCAACCGGCGUGAAGUCCAGCGGCCUUACCUACACCCCAUUCCGGCAGAACCCCUCUGUUUCUAACAACGCUUAUAAAGAAUACUAUUACUUAAACAUACGGAAAAUCAUCGUCGGAAACCAGGCUGUGAAGGUUCCAUACAAGUUUCUAGUGCCGGGCCCCGAUGGGAACGGCGGAUCUAUCAUCGAUUCCGGCUCCACCUUCACGUUUAUGGACAAACCAGUCUUGGAGGUGGUGGCGCGAGAGUUCGAGAAGCAAUUGGCAAAUUGGACGAGAGCCACCGAUGUGGAAACUCUCACUGGAUUACGGCCGUGUUUCGACAUUUCGAAGGAGAAAUCGGUGAAGUUUCCGGAGUUGAUUUUCCAAUUUAAAGGUGGAGCGAAAUGGGCUCUGCCGUUGAAUAACUAUUUCGCUUUAGUCAGUAGCUCCGGCGUGGCGUGUUUGACAGUAGUAACGCAUCAGAUGGAGGACGGCGGUGGCGGUGGCGGUGGGCCGUCUGUGAUUUUAGGGGCUUUCCAGCAGCAGAAUUUCUAUGUGGAAUAUGACUUGGUGAAUCAAAGAUUGGGAUUUCGGCAACAGACUUGCUCGUAGAAACGAUGUCGUGUUGGUUGGUGUAUGCAUGUUUAUGUUUUCUAACUUUGGGUAUUUGGUUGGUCCGUGGCCGGUUAAGCUACUGGUCGGAGCUACAACGGUGGUUUCAAUUUGGCAGCGGCGGCGUUCAGAUGAAUUCAAAAUCAAUUUUUUUUUCACUUUCUUGUAAUAAUUAUUCGUUGCUGUUGUAAUGAUAUAUCUCAUAUUUCAUAAUUUGAAGACAGAAAAGAAUGUUAAAAAGUAAUAGAUGAUCCCUAAUAAGUUAACCUUUUUUCAAAUUUCA